UACGGGAUCACGCACACCUCUGGAGAAUCGUGUCAAAUAAUUAUUCCACGUAAAUAGCAUUAUUGCGAGUGAGACAUACAUCAAAGUAUAUUAAGUAUCAUGACGGACCAGGACUCGAUGGGGAAGUUAGCAUUAAUGUUUGACACUACCUCUCCUCGUACUCGCAAUCCGCUUUCGAAUAAAACUCCAAGUACCAAAGUUAAGCCGACAAAGUCACAUAUUAAAGCAUUGAAACAACUAAAUCUUUUCAAAUGGUCCAAAGAUGUUCUGGACUACAAGGGCACCCAACAAGAUGAUGAUUUGAAAGAGCUUGUUGAGAGUACAUGGCUCAUAAAUCGCACGAGGUCACUCAGCAUGAUUCUACAAGACGAAACGGGUAUGCAAUUGUUUGAGACCUUUCUAUGGUCGGAACAAAUUUUGGAGAACUUGAGCCUUUGGAAAGAGCUCGAGGGUUUGAAGACGCUAAAGCGCCGAGAACAUCUACAAAUGAUUGGCACAUUAGUUUCUAGAAGAUUCGUGGACACUGGCACUGUCAACUUUACUGACGAACAACGGACUGAUUUUCAGAAAGCUCUACAAUUUGAGGACAAUCAGGGUGAUGGAACGCUCUCCACCGGAGAGGAAAGCAAGAAGGCGGAAAGUGUGCAUACAUUGCCAUCAGUUGGCAAUGGUAAUCAAAUAAAAAAAAGUCUGUCUAGUAUAAUGGGAGAAGAAGAGGAGAACAACGUCGCCCGAAUUCAGGGCAGCCUUGUAGCACUGAUGGCCGUUGAUUCGUUCCCAAGGUUCCUUGCGAGCAAUGCGGGAAAAGACUACCUUACAAAGUUGAUGGUAAGAGUCAAGAAGAAAGAGCUGCCGAAGUUAACGAAGCUGAUUGAAAGUGAGAAUGCUUUGAAGAACAAUAUCCAUAAGAAACAGUUAUCAUCCAAUUGGAUGGCUUCACUGAUCUCCAUGGGACAGAUGCUGCCCUUCUGCAUCACCAUCUCAGCCCGAACGAGUGACGAGGACUUGGGCGUAGAGGGCCGAUAUCCCCUGUGCUACAUCAAUGAACAAUUCACCAGCACCACCGGAUAUACCAAGACAGAAACUAUCGGCAGAAGCUGCCGGUUCUUGCAGGGCCCAGACAGUGAACCUGAGCCAAAGAGGCUUCUGAAAGAGAGCGUUGAAAACGGGACGAAGCUGCAUGUGACCAUCACCAACUACACCAAGGAUCAGAAGGUCUUCAAGAACUGUCUCACAUUGUUCCCCAUCCACAACGAUCAGGGUGUGGUGCAAUACAUCGUUGGCAUACAGUAUGAUGCCACGGACAACAGCUCCGAAAAGAUGGCCAAUCUUCAACCGAUCCUCAAUUUCUUAGACGAUCACAAAACUAUAUAAAAGCUUUCCAGGCAUGGUAGUAUGAUACUAGACAAAUAUAAAGCUGCCAUAGUACCAAGCCCAUCAGACUGCAUGGCACAACCCUAUACCUGCGCCACUGACGAGGGCGCUUCAAAUGAUAUGUGUGUGAUAUCUGUGAGUGGUACUACGAACACUGAUAUAAAGCUUAGGCAACAAAGAGUGUCUGCC